AUGUUCUCCCCUCCCGUGAGCAGCGGGAAGAACGGACCGACCUCCUUGGCCAGCGGGCACUUCAGCGGCUCAAAUGUAGAAGACAGAACUAGCUCAGGGUCCUGGGGGAAUACAGGACAUCCUAGUCCAUCCAGGAACUAUGGUGACGGGACGCACUAUGACCACGCGGCGAGCAGAGACCUUGGCUCUCAUGACAAUCUCUCUCCUCCUUUUGUCAAUUCCCGAAUACAAAGUAAAACAGAAAGGGGCUCGUACUCGUCAUAUGCAAGGGACUCGAAUCUACAGGGUUGCCACCAGCAGGGCCUCCUGGGCGCCGACAUGGAGCUGGGCGCUGCCGGCGCGCUCUCGCCCUCCAAGCCCGCCUCCCAGUACUACCAGUACGGCAGCAAUAACCCCCGCCGGCGGCCCCUGCACGGCAGCGCCAUGGAAGUACAAACAAAGAAAGUCCGCAAAGUUCCUCCGGGUUUGCCGUCCUCCGUUUAUGCCCCGUCAGCAAGCACUGCCGACUACAAUAGGGAUUCACCAGGUUAUCCAUCCUCAAAACCAGCAGCCAGCACUUUUCCUAGCUCCUUCUUCAUGCAAGAUGGCCAUCACAGCAGCGACCCGUGGAGCUCCUCCAGCGGGAUGAACCAGCCCGGCUACGGAGGGAUGCUGGGCAACUCGUCGCACAUCCCUCAGUCCAGCAGCUACUGCAGUCUGCACCCCCACGACCGCCUGAGCUACCCAUCGCACUCGUCAGCAGACAUCAACUCCAGUCUUCCUCCGAUGUCCACCUUCCACCGCAGUGGCACCAACCAUUACAGCGCGUCCUCUUGCACACCCCCGGCCAACGGCACCGACAGCAUCAUGGCAAACAGAGGAAGCGGAGCGGCAGGCAGCUCACAGACCGGCGAUGCGCUGGGGAAAGCACUUGCCUCUAUCUAUUCUCCAGAUCACACCAACAACAGCUUUUCAUCAAAUCCUUCAACUCCUGUUGGUUCUCCCCCUUCUCUCUCAGCAGGCACAGCUGUUUGGUCUAGAAAUGGAGGUCAAGCGUCAUCAUCUCCCAAUUAUGAAGGUCCCUUACACUCUUUGCAAAGCCGCAUCGAGGACCGCCUGGAGCGGCUGGACGACGCCAUCCACGUGCUGCGGAACCACGCCGUGGGGCCCUCCACCGCCAUGCCCGGCAGCCACGGAGAYAUGCACGGACUAAUAGGGCCGGCGCACAACGGCGCCAUGGGCGGCCUCGGCUCCGGCUACGGCACCGGAUUGCUCUCCGCCAACCGGCACUCGCUCAUGGUGGGCGCGCACCGCGAGGACGGCGUCAGCCUGCGCGGCAGCCACUCGCUCGUGCCCAACCAGGUGCCCGUGCCCCAGCUGCCCGUGCAGUCGGCCACCUCGCCCGAGCUCAACCCGCCGCAGGAUCCCUACCGGGGCAUGCCCGCCGGCCUGCAAGGGCAGAGCGUCUCGUCCGGCAGCUCCGAAAUCAAGUCCGACGACGAGGGAGACGAGAACCUCCAGGACACAAAGUCUUCUGAGGACAAGAAACUAGAGGAUGACAAGAAGGAUAUCAAAUCAAUUACUAGGUCAAGAUCUAGCAAUAACGACGACGAAGACCUGACGCCCGAGCAGAAGGCCGAGCGGGAGAAGGAGAGGAGGAUGGCCAACAACGCCCGCGAGCGCCUGCGCGUGCGCGACAUCAACGAGGCUUUCAAGGAGCUGGGCCGCAUGGUGCAGCUCCACCUGAAGAGCGACAAGCCCCAGACCAAGCUCCUGAUCUUGCACCAGGCUGUGGCCGUCAUCCUCAGCUUAGAGCAGCAAGUCAGAGAAAGAAACCUGAACCCUAAAGCCGCAUGUCUGAAAAGAAGGGAAGAAGAGAAAGUAUCCUCAGAUCCUCCUCCGCUUUCCCUGGCGGGUCCCCACCCUGGCAUGGGAGAUGCAUCCAAUCACAUGGGACAGAUGUAAAAAAGGUCCAAGUUGCCACAUUUCUUCAUUUAAACAAGAGACCACUUCCUUAACAGCUGUAUUAUCUUAAACCCACAUAAACACUUCUCCUUAACCCCUUUUUUUGUAAUAUAAGACAAGUCUGAGUAGUUAAGAAUCACAGACGCAAGAGAUUUCAGCAUUCCCGAUUAUUAAAAACGAGAAAAAAACACAAAAAGCAACAAAAAAACAAACACAAAAAGUGCAACUUGAGGGACGACUCUCUUUAACAUAUCAUUCAGAAUGUCUAAAGCAGUAUGUUCCGAGCUGUAGAUGCACAGCCUAGAGACUGAAUGGCAAUCUUCUCCACACUGUGGGACAAUGCAUUUGUGCCUAAACUUCUUUUGGAAAAAAAAAUAUAAUUAAU